AUGGCCGUGUCAUCCUGGAAUCGGCAGGUGGCCGCAGCGGAGGCUGGCAGGCUGGAGCACCUGACCCAGGAUGCCAGGGCAGGCCUGGAGCGCCUCCAGGAAAGGCUGGCGGAGGCCAACAGGCAUGGCGGGGGGGGGAGCCAGGCGUUUCUGGACGCCACGACCCCGUCGACCCACUUUGCGGCGUUCGCCGCGCGCCAAGCCGCAGAGCGCGCACGCCGCGAGGCUGCCUGGGCCUCAGAGUGUGAGGCCGUUGAGAAAGCGCGGCAACAUGCCCGGCACGAGUUGCAGCUUGCAGAGCAAGCCGUCGCCGGCGCCUUCACCCACCAGGAGUACACAGCGGGGCUGGCGGCGCUGCGCGCCGCGCGGGCGGCCACGGAGGCGGCGGGGGCAGCGCGGCCGCCGCCAGCUCCCGAUCACGCUGACCUGGACGGGGAGCAGGCGCCGAUGGUUCACACGGCGCCCGAGCAGCUUCUGGCCCUGCUGCGCGAUGGCCAGCGGCGCGGCCUCCAGGCGGCGUCGGGGGCCGCCGCGGCCGCGACGGCCCUGCAUGCCGCCCGACGGGACGCGGAGGAGGAAGGGCGCGAGGACCUGCGCACGACCGCCGCGCUGGCCGAGCGUCUGGCCUGGGCGGAACGCUGCCUGGCGGAGGCGGAGCUGAGGGAGGCAGAGCUCGCGCGGGCGGUGCUGGCGCUGGACGCGCCGAGGGCAGGGGCCGAGGGAAUGGAGGCUGCUGCCGUGCCCUGGGCCCUGCAGGAUGCCCUGCGUCUGUGCGGGUUGGGCGAGGCUCCCGGCGGCGCCUGCGCGCUGGACCUCCUCCAGCAGAUCGAGGUGCUUGGCUGA